UUUUUGAAAGUUUUUUUUUUAUAAAAUAAUUUUCUUAUAGCGCUAUUAAAAGUUAUAUAUCUUUUUAUACAAGGAUAUGAAUGUCAAUUAAAUGUUAUUAUAUCUAAUUUCUAUUCAUAUCAAUUAUAUGGAUUGAAAUGGAUUGGUUUCUAUGGCAACCAAAUGUAAACCAGAAGGAUCAUAAAGUGCUCUAGCAAAAUAAUGUCAGUUAUGUGUGUAUCUAUAAAAAUUACUGUUUAUUAAUACAUAAGAUACCUGUAUUCAAUAAAGUGAAAGAAUAUCUUAAAUAAUUCAUCAUAAUGCAAAGACCACAGACAAGUAUUCCUUUACAAAGCAAAUAUGAUAGAUUUUACAGAGGUGUAAAGAAUGAAUCUGGAGAGUUUUAUGUCACCUCUGGUACUACUCGACCAGGCACACCUGGACAAAAUGUACUGGCAAGACCACCAUCAUCAUUGGCUUUACUUAACCAUGUACCAACACCUACUUCACGGUUGAGUACAAUCAGUUCAACUAGUUCGGGAGCAUUUAACUCAGCAUUUCCUUUGCCUGGUCAGAUGAAUAUAAACGUUACGGAGAGGCCUAUCACUCAACAUGGAGUAGCAGGUCUGAGACCUGGAACAGCUAGAGGAUUGUCAAUGACCAGACAAAUUCAAGAUAAAAGAUAUUACAUUGGACUCAUGCAACUGAAAAUCAGAGAAUUAAGUCAAGAAAUUGCUGUUAUUUUCAAAGAUAUUGAAGAUCAAACUAAGGAAAGAGCCACUUAUAUACAUUAUGACAAGAGAGCCAAAGAUUUAGCUAUGGAAUUAACAACUUUGCAAGGACAGCUGGCUGACUACAAUAUCAUUGUGGAUAAAAUGACAUCUGAUGUUGGGAAAGAAAUCAUUGAACAAGAGACUGAAGAACUUGCCACAAAGAAUGAACAAAAUUUAUUGAAAAUCGAAGAUAUGUUUGAAGAAAGAAAAGAAUUAGAGCAGAAGUUAACUAAAAUAGAAAAACAGUUAGAGGAUGAAAAAAAGAGGACUGAAAGGCUUAUAGAGAGCAUGGAUUUUAAUAUGAAAGAAAAAUAUGAUGAAUUAUCAAAAGAAAAAGCAAAACUGCAAGAGAAAACAAAUGCAUUGCAACAAGAAUUGGAUGAAUUAUAUAAAGAACAAGCUUAUUUGGAAGAAGAAAUAACAUUAUCUCCAUUGAAACAGGAAGCAGUUAAAUUACAUUUGAAAAUUAUAGAAAUGGAAGAAAAAAGGGACAAGUUGAAAGAAGAAGAGAAGCAUAGAAUUUCACCAGAAGAGGAAAGAGGAAAACUAUUGCAAAAAAUUAAGCAAGACAAUCUGGAUAUUGCAGCUGCUGAAGCUCAGUUGACUGAGAAAAAGAAACAGGUACAAGAAACUGAACAAAAACUCGAGCAAUUGGAAACAGACAUGGAAGAUACUCAAACUGAGAAGCAAGCAAAAUUUAAAGAACUUCGUAAACGAGAAGAAGUUAUAGAGCAAUUUAUGAGUUCUUUUGAGCAGAAUAAAGAUGAUGAGAAAAGAAAAAUGGAUAGAUUAGAAAAUACAAUAGUAGAAUAUUUGGAAAAUAUUUCAAAUAUGUUAAACAUUGAUAUUGAUUUUAUAGGAAAUGAUGAAAUGGCCAUUCUGAAUAAUUUACCACCCUUCAAUGACUAUGAAUAUAGUAAGAGUGAUCAAAGUUUUGAAAAAUUAACUAAAGAAAAUUUAAAGUUACAGCAAAUUUAUAGCGAAAUGGAAAUGUUAGAGCAGAAAAUUCAAGCAGAAUUUGUUGAUCUUAAUGAAAGAAUGGGUAACAAAGAUAAUAAAUCAAUAAUUCCGGAAGACCUAGAGAGUUUAAAAGCUAAAUUGACAUUGAAACAAGGGCAGUUAAUAGCAGAAUGUGAACAAUUGAAACAUCAGCAAUUAGAAUGUGAAGAAGAAAUCAAAACAAUUCAAUUUGAGUAUGAUGAAAUAAAGGAACGUUUAGAAAGUAACGAUAUAUACACUCAGAUUAGUGUAUUAGAGAAUACUAUGGACAAGUUGCUGGAAGAACAUAAGAAGAUUCAAGAUUUUAUUGUCAAAGAGGAGAAACGUGGUAAUUAUGAUCCAAUAAGAAAAGACGCUUUUAAUUCAAUAAAUAUUUAUAAUUCUAUGUUGAAAGAAAAUCUAAAAACUAUUUAUUAAUUAAAAUCCUUUUUAACAUUUAUUUUCAUUUUGUGCACGAUUAACCAAUAUGUGUAACAUUUAUUAAGUAUAGUUAACCUAAAUCAGAUUUUCCUUUCGUUCUUUCUUUUCUUCUACUCUAUGUAGUUUCUCACCUUUUCCAGAUUCUGGCUAUCAUUUUAAUCCUCUGUGGUUAUUCCUUCUAAAUAUAAAAAUUUUCCAAAUUAUGCGAAUAAUUGUAUAAUUAAAGUAAUAUAUAAAUAAAUAAUAAUAAAAGUGUUAUCAUGAACGCUUCAUCAUUUGUUUUAUCGCAGAAAUAAGGUAUAGGAAUAUGAGUAAGGUAAUAACUGAAUUGUAAAAUGUACUUUUUGACGAUUAUAAUUUUAUUUAAGAUAUUUCUAUAUUUGAAAGAGAAGUUCAUUUUUCAUAGCAGUAUUAUUUAGGGCAGUUACAAACAUGUGAUUAAUAAAAUGAUUGAAUACUUAUAGUUGUCAUGUAGAGUUAUGUAAAUAAAACUAUGGAAUACAAUUUUUUGAAUACUAAGAACACGCAAAGCUAGUAGCAAAGAUAUGCAAAAAUUAUAUAAAUCGCGAUUUAUAUUAUUAUUAUAAAUAUUCAAUAAAUAAAUAUUUGAAAUAAAUUCACACACAACACACAACACAGCACUCAUAGCAAAUAAAUAUGACGAAAUAAGUAAGAAUACAUAUAUGAUGAUCUUAUAUUCUAAAUCCUUACAAUAUAAAUUUACCUUAAUACAUACCUACAUAUGUUAUAAACUAUCUUAUAAAUAAAUGUUUAUUUUAACAUACACUUUACUGUAAGCCAUACACAAUAUAUCGUGUUCUACUAUUAGGUUGAUACGGAAACUAUAAUAAAAGUUCUUCAAACUAA